AUGCAUCGCACAAUCUUUGUUCUGUGUGUGCCUCUCGUUUGCUUCCUAUUAGUCUCGACCAGCUUAUACCUGGGUCGCGACCAUAUAACUCGAUUAUCAGAAACAUACCUUCCUCUUUAUGCACCAGGCCUUGCAACAACUACUACAAAAAUAAUAUCCUCUCCCUCAAGUUCCAUAUCGAAAUCAGCAUACACGGUUUAUGCUGAUAAGCCUGUUUCAUACUCUACCAUCGACUCUUAUACAACAAACACCAUCGAGCAGGUCACUUCAACAAUACCACUCUCUACUCCCUCUGCUACACCAACAAAAUCCUCGAUCCCCAUUGCAAAUGGUUCUGUUCUAUCUACCGAGCGCCUCACUCCUUACAUCCACGCCAUUCUCGAUCCCUUAUCCAAAGAGCGCCCAAGGUUAGAAUGUCCUCCCUUGGACACAAAGCGAUACAAGAGCCUUCUAAGCAGCAAAAACACCCGCGAGAAUGAUGAUGAUGAGCAACCCAUUGACUUUUACUUCGCCCUUAAUUUGCGCAAUGUCGUCAAACUUCUUCCCCGCCUCAUGGGUAGUAUUGUUGAAACGAUAAAGUACCUCGGGCCCGAGCGAUGCGCACUGUCAAUUGUCGAGGGCAACUCCCCUGAUGGCACGGCUGAUGUUCUGGUCGCCUUACACCCCUUCUUGGAAGAACUGGGAAUACGAUAUUUUUACAACAACUCGGCUAUUAAUCCGUCCAAAGGACCACGCAUUCGCAAGUUGGCUCAAUUGCGUAACCUGGCACUUGAACCACUCUUCAAGAAAAAGGUGCCAGCUUCCGAUGAGACCACUGUCCUUUUCAUCAACGACGUCGCAGCUUGCCCUGACGAUUUACUCGAGCUUGUACACCAGAAGCGCAACUUAAAUGCAGACAUGACAUGCGCUAUGGACUUCACGUACGCGGGUCCUGACCCUACAUUCUAUGAUGUUUGGGUGGCCAGAACACUCGCCGGAGACACUUUCUUUCCCAUCCCUAAAGACGGAUCAUGGGACGAUGCCUGGGAUUUAUUUAGAGGAAACAGGGAAGCCCGAAUGGCAUACGACGCUCAUCUCCCUUUCCAGGUGUUCGCUUGCUGGAAUGGCGCGACGGCAUUCACAGCUGCACCGAUCCUCCACGGCCUGCGCUUCAGAGACCCCAAGAAGGACGAAUGUUUCCAGGGCGAACCGCAGCUAUUCUGCAAGGAUCUAUGGCACAAAGGUUACCGAAAGAUCGCAGUAGUACCCAGCGUCAGUCUGGAGUACACAGACGCAAGGGGGCAGGACAUCAAGAAGCUCAAGGGCUUCACAAACGAAGUGGUGCAGCAUAUGGAUGAGAGCAAGGCCAACAUUGAUUGGCAAUACGAACCGCCCGAGAAGGUCAAGUGUAUGCCUUCUUUCGACCGGCAGACUUGGCUCCCUUGGGAUGAGUCACUGAAGGGAAGACGGUAA